GCUCCGUCCUUCUCCUCCAUACAUACCACAACACCACAGCCCUCGUGAGAAGCCACGAGGGUCCAUCGUCCAAUCUCCUCCGAAAUCUGAGGGUUGACGCUGUGGCCCAGUCCCCUUGUGCUUGUGCUUGUGUCACGGUAGACAUAAUCUGACCGCAAGGUCCAAGGACCAAGGUCUCCCAUUCAUUCCCUCUUCCCAUGCCCGCGCCGCGCACCGAGUUACUUUCUUACUGCAACCGAGUCGAAGAUCGAAAGCCCCCUCAUCAUGGACGACGGAAACCGAGCUCCCCCCCAGGGAGGCGUCAUCGAGGGCGCCAACCCGUCCGAAUACAACCCGGCCGACCCCAUCGUCAUGUUCAUCAUCCAGGCCUCCCUCAUCAUCAUCGUCUGCUACCUGCUGCACUGGCCGCUGUCCAAGAUCCGCCAGCCUCGCGUCAUCGCCGAGGUCAUCGGCGGCAUCGUCCUAGGCCCGUCCGUCAUGGGCCGCAUCCCGGGCUUCAGGGAGGCCAUCUUCCCGGAGGCGUCGCUGCCGAAUUUGAGUCUGGUGGCCAAUAUCGGUCUCGUGCUCUACCUUUUCGUCAUCGGCCUCGAGACCGACGUGUGGUUCCUGCUCAGCAACUGGCGCGUCGCUACCUCCGUCUCCGUCGCGGGCCUGGUCCUCCCUUUUGGCGUCGGUUGCGGUCUCGCCUGGGGCAUCUAUCGCCAGUUCGCCGACGAUGAGGGCAUUCUUCCCAUCGAUUUCCCCAUCUAUAUGCUCUUCAUCGGCGUGGCCAUUGCCAUUACCGCAUUCCCUGUUUUGUGCCGUAUCUUGACCGAACUAAAGCUCCUCGAUACCACGCCUGGUAUCAUCACCCUGUCGGCCGGUGUUGCAAAUGAUGUCGUUGGCUGGAUUCUUCUCGCCCUCUGCGUCACCCUAGCCAACGCUGGAAGUGGCCUCUCGGCCCUCUGGAUCUUGCUCUCCUGUCUUGGCUACAUGCUCUUCCUGUUCUUCGCGGUCAAGCCGACUCUCGCCUGGCUGCUACGUCGCACCGGCAACAUCGAGAAUGGCCCUUCCCAGGGCAUGAUCUCCCUCAUCCUCUUGGUCGCCCUCGCCUCCGCCUUCUUCACCGCCAUCAUCGGCGUCCACGCCAUCUUCGGCGGCUUCAUGGUCGGCUUGGUCCUGCCCCGCGAGCGCAGCUUCAACAUCAAGGUCAUCGAGAAGCUCGAGGAUCUGAUCGGCGCCCUGUUUUUGCCUCUCUACUUCACCCUCUCCGGUCUCAGGACCGACAUUGGCCUCCUCGAUAGCGGUAUUGCCUGGGCCUACGUGUUUGCCGUCACUCUUACCGCUUUCUUUACCAAGAUCAUCGGUGCCUCCGUCGCCGCGCGACUUAAUGGUCUGGUUUGGAGGGAGUCUUUCACUGUUGGUGCUUUGAUGAGCUGCAAAGGCCUCGUCGAGCUGAUUGUCCUGAACAUCGGCCUCCAAGCUCGCAUCCUCAGCACGCGGACUUUUACCAUCUUCGUUGUCAUGGCCCUCUUAACCACCUUCACCACGACUCCCCUCGUCUCCUUCCUGUACCCUCCCUGGUACCAGAAGAAGCUGGAAGCCUGGAAGCGAGGCGAGAUCGACUGGGACACCGGCGCUCCCCUGCAACCCAACAACGGCCAGGGCGAGGGCGGCGCGAACGCUUCGGAUGCACCCUCUACGGACCGCCGUAUCCGAACCAUGCUGGUGUAUCUCCGUCUUGACAACAUUCCCGCCACUCUGACUCUCAUCUCGCUUUUCGGCAAGACGACCAACUCCGAGUCGGACAGUCUUGCCGCCGAGCAGGAAAAAGACGCCAGCAGCAGGGGCAGCAGCAACAACAACAACGACAACGGCACCGCCGCCCUUCCCCCCGUCAGGGCAGUCAGGGCUCACGGUCUGCGUCUCCUGCCCCUCGGUGACCGUGACUCCAACGUCUUGACCGUGUCGCAAGUCGACGACGAGAGCAAGAACGACACCGUCGUGAACAUCUUCCGCCUCGUCGGCCAGUUCCUCCGGCUCGCCGUCUCGGGCGAGGUGGCCGUCAUGCCCGAGUCCCGCUUCGCCGAGGCCCUCCUCGCCACUUCCUCCACCAUGUCGUCCGACCUCGUCCUCAUCCCGUGGACCGGCACCGGUAAUCUGAGCGACGCAAUCGCCCCGACGCCGUCCCCCAAGGCGGGCAACCCGGCGGCGUCGACCCUGUAUCUCCAGUUCGCCAGCAAGAUUCUCGACUCUCCGGCCCAGAACGUCGCCGUCUUCGUCCCCCGCGCCAGUACCGGCACCCUCGGCACCGUGGAUUCGAAUCCCUUGCGCCGUACCACAUCCCGCGCCUACUCCGUCAGCGACCUGCAUCAUGCCAUCCCCGCCAUCCCCUCCAUCCCCGUCACGAACAAGUCGCACCACCUCUUCCUCCCCUUGUUCGGCGACGGCGACGACGACGACGACGUCCUGGCCCUCGCCCUCACCCUCCAGCUCUGCGAGCGGCCCAACGUCUUCGCCACCAUCGUGCACUUUUCUUCUUCCCCCGACCACUCCUCGACGACGACGGCCGCUUGGGCGCACGACAUUGAGAGCGUCGUCUCGAACCACGCCGCCGCCGCACGCAUCUCCUUCGAGUCUGUCACGGCCGCCAAGGAGACAGAGGCCGCUGUGAGCCGUGCGCUGACUGAGGUGCGCUCGGGAUCUGGCAAUGAUGUUUGGCAUAACCUGUUUAUUGUCGGUCGCCGGGUCGCUAAGCGGAGCGCGGGUCCGUCGUCGCCGUCGUCGUCGUCUGAUGCCGUUGGCGUGGAGGAUUGCCUUGGCGUCACGGCUGCGCGGUUCAUCGCGGCGGAUGUGGAUGCCGAUGUCCUGGUCGUUCAGGCAAGGACUUUCCGUCCUGGCACGAGUGUCCGGGGUUAG